AUGCGUUCCACGUUGUUUCAUCGCUCUGGCUAUGCAUAUAUGGAUUUCCUCCGACUUAUCUCGUACAUCUUCUCCUUUAUCGGGCUUGGCCUGAUUCUUCCAGUAUACUAUCGGGAGCAAAACAUCCUGGUCUUCGAGAUGACCGUCGUAGUUUGUAAGUGUCUCAUCACGUUGGGCCCCGUUGUGGUGGAAUACUACAGUCCAACGUACGCGCAAACCCUGCACUACCGUGCGGUUGCCAUUCUUGCCCUUUCGUGGUGCCUCCUGAUCACUGUCGUAUUCGGGAUUCUCAACGACAUUGUUACGUGUUUCGUUGGGCAGUUCCGACCCAUUGACUCUGCGAACGGCUUCGUGGCACCGAGAGAGAUCAAAUGGUUAUAUACGUUUGGUUAUUGGCUUAAUGUCAUCGCUGUGCUCGGCCACGCAAUUCAAGACGUGUGA